AUGAAUUUAAAAGAUUAUUGUUAUAAUAAUAAUAUUUGUAGAGGGACAACAUCUACAGAAUCGAAUUUACAAUCAGCUGUUAUAAAAACUAUUGUUCAGCCUUUAGCCUCUGAUCGACCGACAACACCGCAUUAUAAUUAUAAAUUUAUAAAUUGUUAA